AUGGUAUCUGAAUUUGGAUUCUUCGAAAUAUUUGACCUUAUGGACCAGUACUCCAGUCUACCCCCAGUUUCUGAAAUACCUAAGAAGCCGGUCCAGUUUUACUAUGAGAAAGCAAAGAAACUUCGAAAGUACUGCAAACCAGAAUUACUUAAUAAUGAAGAAAUUGCCAAUUACCCAAAGUUCAAAGACUGGUGCAACUAUAUCACGCGAUUCAGCACUUGCAACAUAGCCCCUCAUCCGACGGAGUUUUUUAGAUUGGGUAUUCUGUUUGAUUUCAGCCCCCUCAACUCACCAGUGAGCAACACAGCCAGUUUAUCCGUUGUUGCAACCUCUUCUGCCCCAGCAACUAUUGGACCCCAAGGUGUCUUUGGGUACUCCUGCUACGACGACUACCUAUGCGAACCUGCUGACAAAGGCAGCCUCUUCUUUCUGGUCUACGGAGCGAUUUUUACACUGAUCUGCUCAGCAGGUCUGCUGCUCAACCUGGCGUGUCUGGUUGGAUUUAAUAGGUCAACCAAUCGGUCCGGGGCAACGCUCUACUUCUCCAUCAUCUGCCUAAUGGAUUGCGUCUACCUUGGCAUAAAGUUGGCCCUCAAAUCCACUGUGCAUUUGAAUGACGUGGAUUAUUCCGGCCAGGUGAAUGCCUAUGCUAAGAGAGCAGCCUACUUCAUUCCUACUGCAGUGCCCUUGCUGACAUUCAGCGAAGUUGUGUCUGUUUGGCUGAUAGUCUGCGUCCUGUUUGACCGCUACAACUACCUGCAGCGAGGCUACUUCUCGAAAUCCGUAACUUCUCUUAAACGGCACAUUCGAAUCGCCUCUGUCGUGAUCGGACUCUCUUUCUGUUACAGCGUUCCAAAAUUCUUCGAGUACAAAGCAGAACCUAAUCCCGCCAUUCCCACGGGGUACCGGGUUGUCUACACAACGGUUGGCAACUCUACCGUCUACAGAAGCCUAAUGGACUACCUACUAAACAUUCCACUCGAAAUGUUUCUCCCCUAUCUUGCGGUUGGUCUAAUCACCUGCCAAGCAGUCUCCAAGAUGGUCGACCUUGGGUCUUCUAAGUGGAAAGCGGUGACCAACUUCUGCUCCCCGUCUGCGUACUGUUGCUGUGGCUACGAAUUCGCCAAUUGCUUUUCCAACAGCAGGAGGAAACAGGGGAACAAGACCCCACCGUUAGCAACACCCGCCGCCACCGCCCAAACUGCCAUCCCCAAUAGCGUAGUGAGUCACUCCUCCACGGACUACAUCGAUGGCCACCCUACAACACUUAGAGCUCUCUCCUAUACUAGCGGUGGUGGAUUCGAUGAGGUUGCAAAUUUCUACGGAGGGCGACAGGUCUACUACUGUGGAAUUCCCUUUGAAAAGCGCUCCGACCUAAUGCCCUUCUACUUUCUCGUACCACCUCCACGGCAGACUGUAAAGGAGACGGCCAAUGUGGUGAUCGCAGUAUGUCUCGGUUUCCUCCUACUGUUUACGAAGAUCCCCAAGUUGGUUCUCACCGCUCUGGAGCUAGAGAAGUACAUCGAGAUGAACGAGGUGUACACUCGCAUGACACAAGAAUGCCUCAACAUGGCGUUCAUCAUAUUUAAGCCGCCCAUCUACCUGAUCCUGGGGGUGCAUUUCAGACACGCACUGACGGGCCUGUUCUGCUGUGCCUGCCUCUACACCCCCGUGAUCCGUGGCGGCAUCGCGUCGCAGGACGGACAGCACCACGCAGAAGCCGCGGAACACGAAAUCAUUGGAGGGGACGACAAGCAGCCCCCCAAGUUGUUGAUAGACGGGAGGCGGCCCGACAACACCGAGGCGCCGUAG